GGUUGACAUGGUUUGAACAUUGAAUGAUAAUUUUGCAACUUUGGACGAUUGUGUCAUUGUGAAAUUAUUAUUCUUGAAUUUCCUUGUUUUGUAGGGAUUUAUUUAAACGUUUGAUACACGAGAGACAGCUGUGUUAUCAGUUUCCACACUUUCUGAAGUCGUGUGGAUCCAUUGCAAAAUUUCAAAAUGGCGGACGAUCCGUACGCUGGUGUCAGCGCUCAGGAGCUGAAGUAUCUUGCUGUUGACAGGAAUCGUAUAAAUGAUCCUAUGGUCCAAGCCGAAUGGGCAGCCAAAAGAUUAAUUUGGGUUCCACACGAAGUUCAUGGCUUUUGCGCUGCCAGUGUCGUGUCGGAGAGGGGAGAUGAAUUGGAAGUUCAGCUUGAGGAAUCUGGAAAACAUGUCAAGGUUCACCGGGAUGACUGUCAGAAAAUGAACCCCCCUAAGUUUUCGAAAGUUGAGGACAUGGCCGAAUUGACAUGUCUGAACGAAGCAUCUGUUCUUCAUAAUUUGAAAGAUCGAUACUACUCCGGCCUAAUUUACACAUAUUCAGGUCUGUUUUGUGUGGUGGUGAACCCUUACAAAAGACUUCCAAUCUACACAGAAAAAGUGAUUGAAUUAUACAAAGGAAAAAAGAGACAUGAAGUUCCUCCCCAUGUUUUUGCAAUCACAGAUGGAGCCUAUCGCAGCAUGUUACAAGACCGAGAAGACCAGUCCAUCCUUUGCACAGGUGAAUCCGGAGCUGGAAAGACAGAAAACACAAAGAAAGUUAUACAGUACUUGGCCCACGUCGCAGCCUCAAACAGAACUUCAUCUAACCGUUCAUCCGUCUCCAAUUUCCACAUCCCGCCAAACACAGAUCGUCAAAGUGCUCUCACACUGGGCGAAUUAGAAAACCAGUUACUUCAGGCUAACCCCAUCUUGGAAGCUUUUGGAAAUGCAAAGACUAUCAAGAACGACAAUUCUUCCAGAUUUGGGAAGUUCAUCAGAAUCAACUUCGAUUCAUCUGGCUACAUAUCUGGAGCUAAUAUAGAGACAUAUCUUUUGGAGAAAUCUCGAGCUAUCAGACAGGCUGAGCAAGAAAGAUGUUUUCACAUCUUCUAUCAGUUCCUAUAUGGAGCCACGCCUCAUCAGAGAAAGGAGUUUUUAUUGGAGGACAUUGGCAAUUACCGUUUCCUGACUCAUGGCAGUGUGCCUGUCAGUGGAGUGGACGACACUGCAGAAUUCCGCCAGACUGUGGAAGCUCUCACCAUCAUGGGCAUUACACCUGAGGAUCAGUCGGCCAUUAUGAGAGUGAUAUCUGCAGUCCUGCUGUUUGGAAACAUGGUCUUCAAACAAGAGAGGAGCUCUGACCAGGCAACCCUUCCAGAUGAUACAGUUGCCCAGAAAGCCUGUCAUCUGCUUGGUCUUUCGGUGACAUCUGUAAUACAGGCAUUCCUUCGCCCCAGAAUCAAGGUAGGCCGGGACUAUGUGACAAAGGCCCAGACCAAGGAGCAGGUGGAGUUUGCAGUGGAGGCCCUGUCUAAGGCUUGCUACGAAAAGAUGUUCAAAUGGCUUGUUGUCAGGAUCAAUCGUUCACUAGAUAGGACUAAGAGGCAGGGAGCAUCCUUCAUUGGCAUUCUAGAUAUUGCUGGUUUCGAAAUUUUCAAGCCGAGCGAUGUGGGCUCGGGUGAAGCUCCCAUGAACUCCUUCGAGCAGCUGUGCAUCAACUACACAAACGAGAAGCUGCAGCAACUCUUCAACCAUACCAUGUUCAUUCUGGAGCAGGAAGAAUAUCAGAAAGAAGGCAUCGAAUGGAAGUUCAUUGACUUUGGUCUUGACCUACAGCCCACCAUUGACCUUCUUGAGAAGCCCAUGGGUAUCUAUGCUCUGGUUGAUGAGGAGUGUUUCUUCCCCAAAGCAACAGACAAGACCUUCAUUGACAAGGUUGUCACCCAACAUUCCUCCCAUCCAAAGUUCCAGAAGCCUGACUUCAGGGCGGAUGCAGACUUCAGUCUCAUCCAUUAUGCUGGAAAGGUUGACUACUCAGCUAGUAUGUGGCUGAUGAAGAAUAUGGACCCAUUGAAUGAGAAUGUGGUAUCCCUGCUGCAGAACUCAUCAGAUCCCUUCGUUGCUGCCAUCUGGAAGGAUGCUGAAAUUGUUGGUAUGGGAGCUGCAUCAACUGGUGACACCAUGUUUGGGUCACGAACCCGAAAGGGCAUGUUCAGAACAGUAAGCCAACUGUACAAGGAACAGCUUGCCAAACUAAUGGCCACACUUCGCAACACAAACCCGAACUUCGUAAGAUGUAUCAUUCCAAACCACGAGAAAAAGGCCGGAAAAAUUGACUCCCCUCUAGUCUUGGAGCAGCUUAGGUGUAAUGGUGUGCUGGAAGGAAUCCGAAUCUGUCGUCAGGGCUUCCCCAACAGGAUCUUAUUCCAGGAAUUCCGACAGCGAUACGAGAUCCUGUGUCCAAAUAGUAUUCCCAAAGGAUUUAUGGAUGGCAAAAAGGCAGUUGAAAAAAUGAUUAAUGCUCUUGAGUUGGAUCCCAAUUUGUACCGAGUUGGACAGAGCAAGAUUUUCUUCAGAGCCGGAGUGUUGGCGCAUUUGGAGGAAGAAAGAGAUCUAAAACUCACUGAUAUCAUCAUCCAGUUCCAGGCUUUAUGCCGAGGUCUGAUAGCUAGAAGAAAUCACCAGAGAAGGCUGCAGCAAUUGAGUGCAAUCCGUGUUAUACAGAGAAACUGUGCUUCCUACCUCAAACUGAGGAACUGGGCAUGGUGGAGGCUCUUUACCAAGGUGAAGCCAUUGUUACCAGUAGCAGGACAGGAAGAAAAACUUACAUUAAAAGAGGAUGAACUUAAGAAAGCUAAAGAAAGUCUGGAACGUCAAAAGACUGAUAUAGAAGAACUGGAAAGAAAGUAUGCUCAAAUCAUUGAAGAAAAAUCCAUCUUAGCAGAACAGUUACAAGCUGAAACAGAAAUCUGUGCUGAAGCAGAAGAGUCCAAAGCAAGGAUGCAAGCCAAGAAAGAGGAGUUGGAGGAGAUACUACAUGACGUUGAGAUCAGGAUAGAGGAAGAGGAAGAUCGGUGUAAUGCCCUCAUGGAGGAACGCAAAAAGUUUCAGCAGACAGUCACAGACCUGGAGGAACAACUUGAGGAGGAGGAACAAUCUAGACAAAAAUUACAGCUGGAAAAAGUAGCUGCUGAUGCAAAGAUGAAGAAGUACGAUGAGGAAUUGGCAGUGCAAGAGGAUACAAAUCAUAAAUUGCUCAAAGAAAAGCGGGCAAUGGAGGAACGUAUGAGUGAGGUCACAUCACACUUAGUGGAGGAAGAAGAAAAGGCUAAGCAGCUAGGCAAACUUAAGACCAAGUACGAGUCCAUUAUCUCUGACUUAGAAGAGCGCUUGAGGAAAGAAACACAGGCUAGGCAAGAACUGGAGAAAAUAAGGCGACGUUUGGAAAGUGAGCUGAACGAUUUACGAGAACAGUUAACAGAGAAACGUCAACAGGUGGAAGAUUUACAGGCACAGCUAUCAAAACGAGAAGAGGAAGUACAAUCAGCACUGAAAAAGGUGGAUGAAGAAGGUGUAACCAAAUCUCAGGCUUUGAAACAGUCACGAGAGACCCAGAACCUGUUACAGGAAGUGACAGAGGACUUGGAGACAGAGAAGGAUGCCAGAGUGAAGGCAGAAAAACAGAAACGUGAUCUGAGUGAGGAAUUGGAGGCUUUGAAAUCUGAGCUUGAAGACUCCAUGGAUGCAACAGCUGCUGUCCAGGAUCUGAGAAAUAAGAGAGAAAUGGAACUUAAAGAUUUAAAAACUAUGUUGGCUGAGACUAAGAAGAGUUCAGAAGAUCAAGUACAUGCCAUACGGCACAAGCAUUCAGCUCAAAUACAGGCGCUCAAUGAAGAAAUCGAGAAUGUUAAAAAGAGCAAAGCAUCCCUUGACAAACAAAGACAAACCCUGGAGGCAGAGAACACAGACUUGGCAGGAGACCUUAAACAAGUUCAGAUGGCUAAACAAGAGUCAGAACGCAAGAGGAAGCAGGUGGAAGCUCAGCUUCAGGAGAUCACAAUACGCUUACAAGAAUCUGACCGGGGACGUACUGACACUAUUGACAAGGCUACCAAACUAGCUAAUGAACUGGAUCAGGUCAGUGGACAACUUGAACAGGCAGACACAAAGACUGUUCAUCUGAGCCAAAAAGUGGCCAACUUAGAAUCCCAACUUGCAGAUUCUCAGGAUACUUUACAAGAAGAAACAAAGAGCAAACUGCAGGUACAGUCAAAACUGCGACAGAUGGAUGAUGAGAAGGAAGGCUUGUUAGAUCGCAUUGAGGAGGAGCUGGAAUCCAAGAAAACAUUAGAAAAACAGAUAAAUGAGCUGCAGGCUAAGAUGUUGGAGAUGAAGAAGAAGAAUGAGGAGGAGGUCCAGAAGAUGGAAGCAAAUGAAGAGUUGAGGAAGAAAUCAGCUAGGGAUGCACUAGAUGACCAGAAGAAAGAAUCAGACCUCAUUAUAGAGCGACAUGAGAAAUCUCGCAAAAAGUUACAAGCAGAGGUAGAAGAUAUGAAUGUAGAGUUAGAUAAUCAAAAGUCUGCUUACACACAUCUGGAGAAGAAACAAAAGAAGUUUGAUGCUCUCCUCAAUGAAGAAAAGAGUGUUUCAGAAAAACUGUCAAUGGAAAAAGAUCUGCUGGAAAGAGAAAGCCGAGAAAAGGAAACAAAGAUAAUGAAUCUACAGAGAGAACUAGAUGAACUGCAUGAGUCCUAUGAAAAAGCUGACAGGAGUCGACUUCUCCAGCAGAGGGAACUUGAAGAUCUCAUGUCAUCAAAGGAUGAUGUCGGCAAAAAUGUACACGAGCUGGAGAAGGCCAAGCGAACCCUGGAAGCACAGGUUGAGGAACAGCGACUCCAGAUAGAAGAACUUGAAGAUGAACUCCAGACUACAGAGGAUGCCAAGCUCAGACUAGAGGUGAACAUGCAGGCCAUGAGAACCCAGUUUGAACGUGACCAUCAAGCCAAGGAAGAUACUGUCGAAGAACAGAAGAAGCUACUCCUCAAACAGUUACGUGAGAUGGAGGCUGAACUUGAAGAUGAACGUAAGCAGCGUGCAAUGGCUGUUAAUGCUAGGAAAAAACUGGAAAAUGACAUCAAGGAUCUGGAACAGCAAGAAGAAAUGGCCAACAAAGUGAAGGAGGAUGCUGUCAAACAGCUCAAACGCACUCAGGCAGUCAUGAAGGACAACCUGCGUGAGCUGGAUGAAGCACGACUUGCCCGGGAAGAUGCUGCUAGCACUCUGAAGGAAAAUGAGAAGAAAUUUAAGAACCUAGAAGCAGAAUUGAUUAGGCUGCAGGAAGAAUUAUCUUCUUCUGAGCGGUCACGCAGAAAUGCAGAGGUUGAGAGGGAUGAACUCCAAGAUGAAAUUGCUAGCAACACAACAGGAAAUGAUGAUCAGAAUCGGUCAUCUUUGUUGGAUGAGAAACGCCGACUUGAGGCACGGUUACAACAGGUGGAGGAUGAACUGGAAGAUGAACAGACCAACGGUGAGAUGCUGCUUGACAAAGCCAGAAAGGCACAAAUGCAGGCGGAGCAAUUACAAGCUGAUCUGGCAUCAGAAAAAUCUGUCACUCAGAAGCUUGAGAACCAACGAGCAGCCCAGGAGAGGCAGAAUAAGGACCUACGUGAGAAACUUCAAGACCUGGAAAACACAGUACGCACACGCACCAAGGCAACCAUCGCCACUCUAGAGGGCAAAGUCUCUAACCUUGAGGAACAACUUGACAAUGAAACAAAGGACCGAACAACUAUGCAGCGUACUGUACGCCGCUUGGAAAAGAAACUGAAAGAAAUGGUGUUGCAAGCCGAGGAUGAACGUCGUCAUGCUGACCAGUUCAAAGAACAGAAUGAUAAGAUGAACAACCGUGUACGAGCUCUUAAACGACAAUUAGAUGAAGCUGAGGAAGAGAUUACAAGGAUGAAUGCAGCCAAACGCAAAUUACAGCGUGAUCUUGAUGAGCAAAUGGAACAAAGCGAAGCAUCAGCUCGAGAAAUAUCUCAGCUGAAAAAAUAUAGACCUAGUUCUAGAGUGUCAUCUGCUCGUUCCAUGUUGUCGUCUAUACGGUCCGGAGCCGGAGAUUUGGAUGAUGACGAUGAUGACAGUGUUGACUCACCAAAACAGAACUCUGAUGCUUAAACACAUACCAGAACAUUUAUCAUUUACUAGACAAACUAAAGGGGUGCCUGUCCACUGUAUUUCCCAUACAUACUAUGUACUUUAUAUAAACACAUGCAUUGGAUUCCUUUUUUUUCUACAAAAGAUGUUUAUUUCAUACCUACAUAAUUUCUAUAAUGAAAAACAAACGUUUGUGUAUUAUUACCAUUGUUAUUGUGUUAUGAUUUUUUUAUUACCUGGAUCCUAUUUCCUGUUUCCUUUUUUAUACACGGUGUAAAAUUGUUUUGUUACGUAUUUGUGAGUUUUCUCACCAAUUAUAAACUGUCGCAAGAAAAUGUGAUGACAAGUUAUCAUAUCACCAAACUGGGACCUGAAUUACCGGACCAUACCCUGACCAUUGGUCUUCCUGUUGGCCAGUGACAGCUUUGACAUGUAAACCACAGGCUAUGACAUGACAGAGUGUUGCAGCUUCUGACCAAGCUCGACGUGUUUUUCCCAACAAAGAUUGACUGGUCAUUUCUUUUGGAGAUCAACAUUGUGUCAUUUCUGACAUGGGAUCAGCUGUGUCAUUUUUGACCAUGCUUGGCUUUGUGUUAUUUCCGACUUCCUCGUAUUGAGUCAUUUCUGAAAUGUCUUGAUGGUGUCGGAAGAUAGAACUGCUAAGGUGCUGAGAAGAGUUUUCCUGUGAUGGUCAAAGUAUUUUGUGCAUGCCCUUAUUUGCCAGUAUAGUGGUUUUGCUUUCUUACCUGUCGCUAUUAUAAACACAGAAUAUUCCCUAUGUUUCUUUAUCACAGUCUUUAUUGUAUGUGCUCUAAAUUAAAUUGUGCUAUUCUUAUUGUCUCGUAUACUUAGCUUUUAGUGAAAAUUAAGGAACGAGAGCGUGCGAGAGUAAAAAUCCAUUGUUUGAGGGUUGACUGUCAACAUUGGACAUAAAUAUCUGUAAAUAUUUGAAUACAAAAUAUUGAUGAUGAACAAAAUAACAGUUGGUGGUAUUGGUUAAUUAUUAGCCAAGAAAUUAUGAAAAUAGACUUUAUAUCAAUUUUAUAUUUGUGUUGUUCAGAUGUGAUCACUGUGUGUAGCUUGCACUAGAAAAUGGUGAUUACACAUGUAAAUAGUCAUGUCAUCCAACACACAUCAACCAGCUCAUUCCACCACCAUUUUGUCAGUGUCAUUCACAGGCACAUCACUGGCAUAUGGCCAAAGCCUUUUCUUUUAUUACUUCUUAUUAAAUGCAGAACCUGUAAGUAAAUAAAUCACAUUGAAAAAAGAUCUGCCAAAUUGACUUCUGUUAUCUUGGCAGUUUUUGUUAACAUGUUCUUAUGAAAUAGAUGGCAUUUAGUAGAAAUAUUAUAGAACAAUAAUUCAUGAUAGAUUGACUCUGAUUGAAAGGAAAUAAAUGGAGGGCCUUGCAGAUGUGGUAUGUUUUAUGUCAGGGGUAAAAAGGGAGCAGACCUUUGUUACCUGUAUUUUAGGGGUUCCACCCACGUAGUUAUAGUACUUAAUACAUAUAGGAAGGAACAAGAUCUCAACACAACUGAUCGCCACAUCAAUCUAGUGCCUGAACAGCGGACAAACAGCUGUGUCGUGAUAUUUGGUCAUAAAUUUAUUUAGCGUAGAAAAUACCUCUAGGAGUUUGAUGUAACUGUUGAAAUAAAAACGUGCUGAAAUAUUUCUUGUUCUUCUAAUGACAAUAAUUUAGGAAAACAUGUUAAAAACAUGGUGAUAUGCAAUAUUUUUUUUUUUUUUUUUUUUGUGGGAACAAAUGGUAUAUUUUCUGGAGACUUUAUCAUGUGUGAUGAUCUACAUGUAUAUGUACUGGAUAAUAAGUGUAUACAAUUUGCUGCUUAUAGCUAGCUACAUAUUAAGAUAUAUUAUUAUAAUUAUUAUUAACGGUGAUAGCUUUUUGCUAAAUGGACAUCUUGAAUAAAUAAACUAAUAACACUG